AUUGUUAUUUGUUUAUUUUUUCCUUUGAGUGUGUGUCUUUUGUAAAUUCUCUAGUUAGUGUUGUUAUUAUUUCUGUGGGUGGUUGUACACGAUGUGGGGUUGCUCCCAAUCUCAUUCAUAGGCAGGCAGGCGAGAGGAUUGACAUCCACCACCAGAGAUUUACUUGCGCGCGGGGGGCUAAACUUAGUGCCAACCACGUCCAUCAGCGUCUCGUCGUUUGCCAUUUCGGGGCAUGUAGCUGCCGCAACUGUGCGUGCUGCCUGCGAGGGUGUUCACGGCGACGAAAUGAAAGUGAUUUGCGCAGCUAAUCGGUAUUCAAAUCGGAGUUGAAACAGUGUCCUCGGGGGUUCCGGAAGAGGGUCGAUCGAGGGCAGGGGGAGGGGCCGGUCAAUUUGUGGUUAGCGACAGCUGCGUUACGUUGGCAUUGGGUUAGCGACGAUUUAGUGAUAAUCGUUGGGCUUUUUUGUGGUUUCUUGUUGGCGUUGUAGUGUCAUUGGGACUGUAGUUUCGUGGUUUUCAUAUUUCCUCAGUGUGUCCUGGGACCCUUCUUGCCCGACACUGUCCACUUUUUUUCCACUGGUGGAAGAGGUGGAGUGCCUGGGUUUGCGGUCAGUUGAGUGGAGGUUGAUGUGGGUGCGGAUUGUCUAGAGGGCUGACACGCGGUUUGAUUUGUGGUGAUAGAGGAGGAGUUUGUGGAGUGUUCGAGGGUUUGGUCGUGGUUAGUGGCGCACGGUUGAUUGACGUGAUCUCUUUAGUGCCUUGAGGGCCGCACGUGUUUGCGGAGAAGUUGGGGAUUACUGGCUUCGGAUGUGAAUUUUGGGUAAAGUCGUCGCGGUUUUCUGAAGUGAUGGAGUGGAUUUCCGCCUUAAUAUGUUAGUCUCGCCAGAUACCCCAGGGAAACAAGUUUGUGAUAGGGUGCGAGAUCUCAGUGGAGUUUGAUUCAGUUUGGGUCGGUGAAAUUGGAGGCGCAAGUAUCGUCGGAUCAGGAAUCGACACUUGCGAAUUACUCAUCGCCUUUGGGUUCAGUAGUGGUCAGCUUCAAUCGAGAGUUUUGAAGCUUGAUUCUGGGAUUUUGGUGUAGGGUGUGGUUGGGCUUGUAUCAAAGUGUCACGAGAGGGGUGAUUGAGACGAUACUAUACUGAGGCACAAUUGGAUGAUGCCAUAUCCACCGAUGCAAGGGGGGCAACCACAACAUGGUCAGCUGAUAUGCAGCGGGUGCCGCACCCUCCUCGUGUAUCCCCAAGGGGCCAGCAACGUCCGCUGCGCGCUCUGCAGCUCCGUAACGCAAGUGCCGCCCCACGGCACUGAGAUGGCGCAGCUGGUUUGCGGUGGAUGCCGGACUCUGUUGAUGUACAUGCGUGGCGCCACCAGCGUGCAGUGCUCGUGCUGCCACACCGUGAACCUGGCGAUGGAAGCCCCCCAGGUGGCGCACAUCAAUUGUGGAGGGUGCGGUAUGACGCUGAUGUACGCGUACGGUGCCCAGAGUGUGAAAUGUGCGUUGUGCCAGUUUGUGACAUCCAUUACGAUGCUCAACGUGCGAGUGCCGCUGCCAUCGCAACAGCCUAGACCUCCGCAGGCCGCCGGGGGCCCUGCUCCUGCACCCACCUCAUCGCACACGCAAACAGUGGUGGUGGAGAACCCCAUGACGAUGGACGAGAGCGGGAAGCUGGUACAAAGUGUAGGGUAAGGCAAGCUAGCAGCACAGGGUGGUGGUGAUCGGUGACGAACCUGAAGGAAGGUGUUCGGAGCGGUGGCUUGAAUCGCUUUGAAUGAGGGCGGAGGAAUCCUAGAAACGGGAAGGACACUGAACGCAACGGCGAAUUUGAGAUGUUGGUAGACGCAGGUAGAUGUUGGUAUAGGAUGACUACCGGCAUCUAGAUACUCUUCGCAAGGAUGAAGCAGUGACACACCGAGCAGCGUCAUUUUACUGCCUAGAAAUACUCGAAAUUGUAAGCUGAGCGGGCUUGUACCAGGGUGCUGGUGUAUGCAAAGCGGUGGGUUUAGAAUGUAGGUGUGUAGGAGGUUCAAUUUGUGCAUUUGAAUCAGUGAAGUUUCACGUUAAUUGCCCCCAACUGCAGUCUGCGACACUCACACCUUCUCGUCCCCCAACCUAGACUUCCUUGUGUCUCUGGGUCGAUAUGGUUCUCCUCUUAAUAUUGCUGUUGCAUUUGGUGGUGGUUUUCUGGAAUCAAGCACAUGGUUUUAGGCA